CUCUGACCGGGUGGAACAAGGUGAGAAGGUUAGAGAGGUGGUAUUGAGGCCCUGAGAACACCUUUGAAGGAGACAGCAGAAAUAAUGAGUUUAGGUGCCCUGUAUAGAUUGACUUCGUUAAAGCCUUCAAAUGUACAACGUGCUCCAAACAUCAGCCCCCUGUUAACUUGCAUACAACAGCGACAAUAUGCAGCAUCCCAUGAAGCAGAUGUUGCAGUUAUUGGGUCAGGGCCAGGUGGCUAUGUGGCAGCCAUAAAAUCAGCUCAGCUGGGCAUGAAGACCGUAUGUGUAGAGAAGAAUGAUACAUUAGGAGGAACAUGCCUGAAUGUUGGUUGUAUUCCUUCCAAAGCUUUGUUAAACAAUUCACACUACUAUCAUAUGGCUCAUUCAGGCGACUUAGCGAAGAGAGGAGUAGAAGUAUCUAACUUGAAACUGAAUUUACCAAAAAUGAUGGAAGCUAAGAGUACUGCUGUGAAAGCUCUAACAGGAGGUAUUGCUCACUUGUUCAAGCAAAACAAGGUUCAGUUACUGAGUGGUCAUGGGAAAAUAACUGGGCAAAAUGAAGUUACUGUGAUAAAAGCGGACAACUCUACAGAAAUUGUGAAAGCCAAAAAUAUAAUUAUUGCUACAGGAUCAGAAGUGACUCCAUUUCCUGGAAUAAAUAUAGAUGAAGAAAGAAUUGUCUCAUCUACAGGGGCAUUGUCUCUGAAGGAAGUCCCACAGAGAUUAGUCUUGAUUGGUGCUGGUGUAAUUGGUUUAGAGUUGGGAUCUGUUUGGUCAAGGUUGGGUGCAGAGGUAACUGCUGUGGAAUUUCUUCCUUCUGUUGGCGGUGCAGGAAUAGAUGGAGAAGUUUCUAAAAUGUUCCAGAGGAUAUUGACAAAGCAAGGUCUAAAAUUCAAGCUGGGAACAAAAGUUACUGGUGCUGCUGUCCAGGGAAAUGUAAUUAAAGUCAGUGUUGAAAAUGUGAAAGACUCUUCUAAAAAGGAGGAGCUGGAAUGUGAUGUUCUGCUUGUGUGUGUCGGAAGGAGACCGUACACUUCUAAUUUGGGUCUUGAAGAAAUUGGCAUCGAACGGGAUGAGAAGGGGAGAAUUCCUGUCAAUUCUAGAUUUCAGACUGUAAUACCAAAUAUUUAUGCUAUUGGUGACACUAUACAUGGUCCAAUGUUGGCUCACAAAGCUGAAGAUGAGGGCAUUGUGUGUGUAGAAGGCAUUGCUGGAGGCCCAGUGCAUAUUGAUUAUAACUGCAUUCCUUCUGUGAUCUACACUCAUCCAGAAGUUGGUUGGGUUGGUCACACUGAAGAGGAUCUGAGAAGUGAUGGUAGAGAAUACAAAAUUGGAAAAUUUCCAUUCGCUGCAAACAGCAGAGCAAAGACAAAUAAUGAUACUGAGGGCUUUGUGAAGAUCUUGGGAGACAAAGCGACAGACAGAAUAUUGGGUAUUCAUAUCAUAGGACCAGGCGCUGGAGAGUUAAUCAAUGAAGGAGUAUUAGCAAUGGAAUAUGGAGCAUCUUGUGAGGAUGUUGCAAGGGCAUGUCAUGCUCAUCCAACAUGCUCAGAGGCUCUCAGAGAAGGAUGUCUGGCUGCCUACUUUGGAAAGCCAAUCAAUUUUUAGACUGUUGUGAUAUUAAAAAAUCACAGAUCUGUAUCUGUAAGGAGAAAAUGUUAAAGAAUGAAAACUAAAGUAUUUUCACUUUUUUAUGCAUUUUGUUAAGGAAAUCAGUGAUUUUAAAUACUUUUCUGUCUUGUGUAUAGAACUAAAAUGAUACAAGCAGCAUUUUCACAUCAAUGAUUUAAAAGAAUCUUGUUAAAUUAUUUAUCAUGUUAUGUUUACAACAUAUCUCAUUACUGUAAAAGAUCGUGCACAUCUAGUGUAAGAAAUGAAAUCUUCACAAAUUCUUGUUGCAUUUUGGAUAAUUUAUGAAUUAAAAUGUAAGCAAAAGAUGCACUGCUUGCUGAAAUUUAGUAGUUUAAUGACACUACAAUAUUUUGUACAUAAAAGAAAAAGGCUACCUAUGUGCAUUAUGGUAUGAAGCAGACUCUUGAUGGAAACCACACACUUACCAUUCCAAUGGAACAAUGUAUCAUUGUGAUGAGACAUUGGACGGCUGUUCAAAUCUUUGAUCAGCUGUACAGAUAGAUGUAUGUCUCCUGUAGUUUCCCAAGAUUACUUCAGGCAAAAGCCUUUAAAAGGAGGUAGCUGAUUUCCUUCACCUAUUCAAGCUUGUGCUCUGUCUGUAAUGAUGGAUGGGAUGUUUUGAACUCUAAUCUUCCUUCUGUCAAGGUAAAGAUUCACUUGCAAAACAUCAUUUUGGCUCCUUGAACUUCUCUUUUAAACAAGCAUUGCAAUUUCUUGCUGAACUCAGUUUGGUGUUCAAAACUGAAGACUGACACUAAGAAGCAUGUGCAUGUUUUACUGUGGAUGUUCGCAGCCCAGUGUUGUUUUUUCUCUGAGGUUAGGAAGUAAUGCUUCUUGUAUUUGUGCUGAGAUUGCAUAAUGUCCAUGUAAAAGGGAUAAGGGUAUGAAAUUACUGCUAAGUGUAGAAUCGUAAGAAACUUCUUUUACACAAUGUUCUCAAGGAAUCAGUCAUACCCUUAUGCAACAAAUUGUUAGUAUUUACUUAGAGUAAUUUAAGAAAGUCACAGAAGACGUUACUUUGAAGAGCUGUGUUUGGAUUGAAUGUUUGUAGCUUCCGAGUGGCUAUGCACUCCUCUUUUUCCCAUUUUAUUUUGUGUGGAAGGGGAGAGGGGGUGCCCCCCCCCCCCUCCCCCUGCACAAUCAAUUGUAUACAUAUACUAAGUGAGGUGGCACAGUGCAGUAAAUUUAAGCAUUACCACCUAUAUCAGAUUAGGACAUUGAAGCCAAGAAAGGGUGUCACCUGACUUGUACUCCAAAGAAAUUGUUCAAAACUUCAUCCAGCAACACAGAUUGUUUUUCUGUGGUUUCUCUAAAUUGCUUAACACAAAUGCCAAGACAUCUGUUUUUUUAAAAAGACAAAGUUGAUUUCCUUCCUUAUCCUAGUUGAAUGUGAGCUUGUCCUAUCUCUUUGACCUUGAGGUUGACAUGAUGCUGAAACAUUAUCUUCCUUCCUUCUUUCCACUAUUUGUCCUCCCACUUAAAGUUCAACUGAACCUUGCAUUUUUUUAUGUAAAUAGUUGAUUUUAUAUGCAGUUGUGAAAGGAUGCUGAUCCUGUUUGUUAUAGACUGAAUAGGAAGUAGCAAGGAAAGUUAACAUGGUGCAAAUUUUUGAUAGAUAUGCUAUUUGCAACUACUGCUGGAACUGUUACAGGUUGAUUGUUAAAGCAAAAGCUGGAAUGAAACUUUAUUAUGCAAAUGUGAGUACAAGCACCACUAAUCUCUAAGAACUGGAUUUGUGUUCCUUUGUGUUGUCAAAUUUGGAACACAUUUUCCAAUUACUAUUACGAAAAUAAAUUGAAAAUAAUUUUUAGUAGA